AUGCAUAUUUUAUCCAAAAAUUCCAUUGUCUCAUUGAGUCUGGUGAUAGCUCUUGUCCAGGGCAUCCCAGCCCCGGAUAAUGCUAUCCAAAGACUCUUGCAGAUUCCUCCGGGCCGUAGUCAGGGGGUAUUUGGUCCGGGCGCUGACACUGACACUGGCGCUGGAAAUCCCCCAUUUACCCCGGGACAUCGUGACCCUUUCGAUCACAAGGUUGAUGCCAUUGGUGAUGAUCGGGAGCCUCUGCCUUACCGUGGAGGUAAUGGUGCUUCCAUUGAGGGCCCAAGAAACAAAGACCGUGAAAAGCAGAAUCCCGAUAUGCUCCGUCCUCCCAGCACUGAUCAUGGGAAUAUGCCAAAUAUGCGCUGGAGCUUUGCCGAUUCACAUGUCCGAAUUGAGGAAGGUGGAUGGACCCGACAGACCACGAUUAAUGAACUACCAACGAGCCGAGAGUUGGCUGGUGUGAAUAUGCGUUUGGACCAGGGCGUGUAUCGGGAGCUACAUUGGCAUACUGAGGCUGAAUGGGCAUACGUCCUCGCAGGAAAUGUCCGAGUGACUGUCCUCGACCCGGAUGGAGGAAGCUUCAUUGAUGACCUCAGCGAAGGCGACCUCUGGUACUUCCCUGCGGGCUUUCCACACUCGCUGCAGGGAUUGGGUCCCAAUGGCACUGAAUUUCUCCUCAUCUUCGACGACGGUGCAUUUUCGGAAGAAUCCACAUUCAUAUUAACUGACUGGAUGGCCCAUACACCAAAGGCAGUGCUAGCUGAAAAUUUCCGAACGAAGCCCGAGAAACUUCUCUCCAUCCCAACCGCCGAAAAAUACAUUUUCAAAGGCUCAGUGCCAAACAGUAUCGAGCGCGAAAAGCCCCCCAGUUUCCACCAAAGCAAAAUCCAAUUCACACAUCACAUGCACGAUCAAGAGCCUCUCAAAACAAGCGGCGGUCUCGUGCGGAUCACAGACUCUACCAACUUCCCAAUCUCAAAGACAGUGGCAGCGGCCCAUUUGGAAAUUGCACCUGGGGCAUUACGCGAAAUGCAUUGGCAUCCCAACGCGGACGAGUGGACCUACUUCAAGAAAGGUAGAGCUCGUGUGACUAUUUUCGCGGCAGAGGGAACUGCUCGUACAUUCAAUUACAUGGCGGGUGACGUUGGGAUUGUCCCUCGGAAUAUGGGACAUUUCAUUGAGAAUUUGAGCGAUGAUGAGCCGGUGGAAGUACUUGAGAUUUUCCGCUCGGAUAAGUUCCAGGACUUUUCGUUGUUCCAGUGGCUUGGGCAGACGCCACAGCGAUUAGUUGCGGAACAUCUUUUCGGUGAUGAUAAAGAGGCUGCUAAGGAUUUCUUGAAGAAAAUUGAGGGGGCUGAGAAGGAGCCUAUCAAGGACACUUGA